GCACAUCGCAAUCACCAAGCUUGGUGGUGUCAGUGCACAUUGUACAGCGAUCACUUGCGAUGCCUUUUGCUCCAGACAUAAUUCCAUGGACAGCGUUCAAUCCCAACUGGUGGAUCUUGGUGUUCUCGACAACAGUUGUGCUAUUUUUGCUUCGGCGAUACAGCUAUUAUAAAGAUAACAAAUCGCCCAUAUCUGUCGACUGUUGGUUUUGCUCGAAUAAGAACAUUGUGGAUAAAGUCUAUGAAAAUUCUUUCGUUUGCAGUAGUUGUGAUCAGUAUAACGGAUUUUCUGAUGAUGGAGGAUACAACAGGAUCAUUCCUGGCCAUUUUGCAUCAGCACCCGCUCAUUGCAAACGCUACUCAAGGCCAGGUAGUUUUGUCACCCAAUCAGAUAUCCUUUGUGACACUUGUUCCUCUAAGCAAAGCACGAUCGUUCGAAAGCUAGCUGAUUUUGAACCUAUCUCCGAUGAUCGAUGGGACACCGAAUUGAAAGCAUACACCGAUCAACUCGAACGCAACUAUCCUUUGUGUAAAAACUGUUUUUUGGCUUCACGAAAUCGUAUACAUGAGGUGAAUCUGAAAGUCCUUCCCACUUUUCUGGACUGGUGGAAUACGCUACGCUCUCACAUUUUUGCUGAGGAUUCGGCUCAUCGUAGGACGAAAAAGAAGAGAAAGAUCAAAUCCACUGAAUCUUUAUUCGCCUCUCCUUGGCUCUUGCAUUUCUUGCUACGGUUGUCCAGUUUCGUAUGCAUUUCUGUCAUCUUGACGGGUCUCGUAGUCACUGCCCUCACGAAUCACUAUUGUCUGGUGCGUACUCGCCAACAUCUGUCCACUUUUGAUCACAUCGUAUCUAGACUGAGGUUCAACCACACACAGCUACACGCCCCAUCGUGGUGCCCGAGUUUGUUGAUCCUUUCUGGUCAGCUAAACGUUCCGUUGCUGGCACAGUUUUGGUUUUGCCUCCUGUGUCUGCUCAUCCAGCUGUUGCUCAUUUUCCGCCGCUGGUGGUCCCACGAAGAACGCCCUCAUAAACCUCAUGGCUUGAGGCUUGGACCCAUUGUUCUGCUGAUAGAUGUCUGUGUGCUCAUAUUGGUGCUCGAUUACUUGAUUUCACUGACUGGACCGAUUUUCUUUAACUCUACUGGUGGCUCAACUGAUGGGCACUUCUCAUUACGCUAUUAUGGAUGUGCGAUUUUGGGUAUUGUCCUCAUUCCACUUAUUUUUGUGUCUCUUUUGAGCAUCAAAGCUUGGCUUACCUUUUGCUCCAGUGAUUGGCGUGCUCAGAAACGGGCGUUGGCAAAAUCUUGGCCCACUCGCGGUUUAUCGGACAGCACUUUUGAUGAUACCAGCGACAGAAUAACCUCAAGGAGUCCUUCAGUGUACUCUUCUAUCGGCGGAGGUUGUAGUGCGUACUCGUCAUCUUUAAAACAAGAUCAUCUGUUGCCAGAUUUAGCCCAUAGGCUAAACAUUUCCCCACCUAAAUCACUAUUCCGGGCGUCUGUACUUAGCUGGCCUCCGCGGGACGAUCGCUUGCGUGGAACCACAACUUCUGUCGGCGCUAGUUCCUACGCCACGAAAUAUCGUUCUGCAGUACCUUGUUACCCAACUCCUCCUACACAAGAUGUAUCGGAAUGCAGUGAAGACAGCUUCAUCACAAGCGUCAGUCGCUUGCGUACCAGAUCCCAGGGUACGCAACAAUCCACUCCACAUAGAAGAAAAUCCCGCUCCCGCAAACGAUCAAAGCAUCGUGGACUGAUCCGUUUCUGCUUGUCUGUACUGUUCGGCCGUGUGGACACAUUGAGCGAUGUGCUUUCCGAGUUAAUCAGUUUGCUUAAUGCCAUGCUUAUCGGGCUUGUCAUUUACGCGUUGGGACGCUUGUUCAUGCGCCUCAUUUCGCUUUUUUAGCCAGAUUCUACGGGAUGAAUUCUUAUUUUAUUGGUUGCCUCCUCGUAGUUAUUUAUCGCGGACGUUCUCCUCCUCACUGUACAUACGACCAAUUUCCUCUCAUACCACCAUAUGUCUGUCCUCGAUCACUUUGUACAUAUAUUUCAUCGUUGUAAUAUUCGCUUUCGCACGGCUUUACGCUCAUGCACUCAGUACUGCAAAGAUGAGUGUGUCUUAUUUGGUUCAAUGUGGCACUUGCAUUUUGCUAACACUUAACACUGUUCGUUUCACAUUCAUUCAUCCAUCUUGACUCCCUUCCGCCCGAACCGACGCCUAAUUCCAUCCUCUCCUGCUCAUAUGACCACGCAACAGAAACUCACGCUUUCCUCGGGAUAUUUUAGCAUUCCGGAAGUUUACACAUAACUUGUGGGCAUAUAUCACAUCAUCUUGCGUUCGGAUUCAAUUAGUUCUCCGCUAUCUCUCUCCGGGUUACCAGCGUUAAUGCACCGGCUUGCCUGCAGCUGUUUUAUCAUUGGACGUCACACCUUUAGUGCGAUAUCCCAC